AUGCAACAUGGACACGAUGCCCAGCAGCUCAGCCUGCCCCGGUCGCUUUUCCAAGAUAGUCCAUUUGAUUCCCGCGAAGAGAAAUUGGCAUGGGAAUACUGUAUGAACUCCACUGAUAACCCGUUAUAUGCUCUCCAGCUAACUUCAAUCCUAGAUGUGAGCCUGGUAUCCUCAAACGUCCCUGCAUUAGACGGACCGGACAACCCAUACCGGCAUCUAUCAUUCAUCGCGCUUUCAUCUCCUAUAUUGCGUGAGACCAUCAUCUGCAUAGCCACAGAGCACAUGCUCAACUUCGGCAUGGGCAGCGUAGCAAGCGCCGCGCAACGCCAACAACGAAUGCUCCGCACAAUAGGCCAGAAUCUCCAAUUGGUCACCCAUUCAGGGGCUUGUGCAAAUAGGGAUGUUUCAUCAGCAAGAACAAACAUGGUAGACUAUGAAGCUCUGCUUACCGCCGUUGUAUUACAGGGCGUUGUAAUCGCACAGUCGGAAGACGGGGUGCUAGAACCCCAUGUGCGAUGCGCCUCGUUUCUCAUGGAGACACUGGACUAUUUUCACAAUCCACCACGUUCUACGCUCAUGCGAAUGACGGUGCAGCGAUUUGCCAUGGUUGAUCUCAUGCUGGCAUUCUCGCGACAACGGCGACCGUAUGCACCGAGGGAUUUUGUGCUUCAUCGGCCUGAUACAGAGCGAUGGGACCAGUCGGAGCCCUCGUUCCAUAAAAUGACUGGUUGUCCCCAGCCACUUAUGUGCUUCCUGGUACAGAUCGCACACUUGGCGUACGAUGUGGAACAGCGACAGGAAAAUGAGAUGUCAGCCGAUCACUUGCUUGCCCAGGCUUAUUGGCUGGAAAGCGAUCUCCAUUCAUGGGGUACGCGAUAUACAGAGUCAAUGGAUGAUUGUGCUCGCCCACCCCUAGACAUUCUGACGGAGUGUUUCUACUGGACGGCUCAUCUUUUGCUUGCGCGCCGUGUGUUUCGCAAUCCAACACGGUCGUCUCGAGUCCAACAUCUAACACAUAUUUGCUUUCGUUUGAUGGAUCAACUAUCGACAGGUUGUGGACCUGACUCGUCCCUCCCUCAGCCCUUCUAUCUUGCUGCGCGCGAGGCAGUCACCCCCGACGAUCGGAUGUGGGUGCGACAAAAACAUCUUUCAAUGACAGCGUAUUAUCGAGAGCAGCAACGGAAUAUGGCGAUGCGGUUAACGGACCGGGUUUGGGAGAUUACGGACCAGACCGAGUCGAUACAUUUAUCAAUUUCCAAUGCAGAUAAGCAGAUUAAGACACUAGAUGAAGAGUCUUGCCUUUUCAUUUUUUAA